AUGAAAUUAACAUUAACACCAUCAAAAAAAUCUAAUUCAUCAACAACAGCUGAUGUUGAUUCAUCAUCAACAUCAGAUUGUGAUGUUCGAAUUCAUGAAGGUUCUUCGUAUCAAGCUAAUAUUCCAUCAUUAAAUCCAACACCAUUAUCAACUGAUCAUGAAGCUAUACUAUUUUGGCGACCAACUGAUUCAAUAAGUGAAAAUGAUCUUAUUGAAUAUAUUGAUUUUGCACGUCGUAAACAUCGUAUGAAUGAAGAACAAGCAUUAGCUAUAUUACAAAUAUGCAAAUAUAAAAUCUCAACAAGUAAAUUACUUAUGCAACAAUAUACACCUGAAAUUGAUGAAUGGACAGUUGAAGAAAAAUGUUUAUUUGAACAAGCAUAUAAAUUUUAUGGAAAAAUGUUUUCACGUAUAAGACAAAUGUUACCUGAUAAAAGUGUUGGUGAUCUUGUACGUUAUUAUUAUUCAUGGAAAAAAACACGUUUACAUAAAAGUUUAAUGGAUAAACAUGAAAAACAAAGUCAAUUAAUGCCUUAUGAUGAUGAUGAAGAUAGUGAUGAUGAUGAACGAAAUACAACAUCAAUACCAUUACCAACAAAAGAUUUGGAUCAUCGUGGUAAAAUGCCAAGUGAUCAAACAGGUAUUGAUGAACAAGAAUGUUGUAAUUGUGAAGUCAUAAAUAUAAAUGGUAGCAUUGGACCUAUGCAUUCUACUCCUAAAGGUAUACUUUGUGAUGAAUGUUUUAUUUAUUGGCAAGAUUCUGGUUUAAUGCGACCUGAAUUAUAUCCAAGUAAAUCAUCAAUGAAAAAAAUCAAACGACCACCAAAAAAUAUGGCACUUGAUUUGGAUAGUUUAAUUGCAAUGAAUUUAUAUGAUAAUGCUUCAACAUCAAAUACAGAUAAUAAUGAAAUAAUCGAUCCAAUUGAAAAACUUGAAGAAGAUAUACGUCAAGAAUUAGCAGUUAUUCAAUCACAUAAUCAAACUAUUGAUCUAUUAACAGAUCAAUGUCGAGAUGGAAUGGAAACAAUGCGUACACCAUUUCUUACAUCAUCAUCAUCACCAUUUAUGAUCAAUAAUUCCAAUUCAACAACAAUAACACCAACAUCAAAUUGGUCAACGGAAGAAAUUCUUUUAGCUAUACAAGCAUUUGGAAAAUAUGGAAAAGAUUUUGAUGCUGUUGCACGUAUUAUUGGUUCAACAAAGACAGUUGCUGAUGUCGAAACAUUUUUUCUUGAAUGUCGUGAACGUUAUCAACUUGAUAUGGUUAUUGAAAUAAAUUCGAAACCAAUAACAAAUGUACAACGUAAACAACAAUCUUCAACAACAAAUAACGAUUUAAAUUCCAAUCGAUCAAAUACUAAUGAUAUUGUUCUUUGUUAG